CUCACAAUCGCGACCUUUACGUACAAAACUUCGAUGCUCCCAUUACCUCGCACAUGGCACUGCCCUGAACAUACCGAUGUCAGGUCUAGAGGUCGUUGGCCUCACUGCCAGCAUUGUUCAGCUCGGCGGUGCAGGCGCUGAAUUGUCAAAAGCACUUUAUGUCUUCCUGAGGUCAGCGACACGAGCAGAGAGUGAGAUUGCUGACCUUGCUGAGGAUAUUGGUUCGACUUGUACUGCGUUGGACAGUGUCAAAGAUGUUCUGAAAUCGACAGGAACGACCUCGACUUUCUCCCAAGAUGCAAUAUCUCGGGCAUUCCAUAUCAUAAGAAGCUGCAAUACCAUUUUCUCCGAAAUCUCGGCGAUCCUCGAAAAGGGAAGAAAGACUCAGCAGGAUGGGACUAAACGAGUCACGUUCUGGGGCAAAUGCAGCUGGCCGCUGAAGGAGAAAGAUGUCAGAGACUUGAGCAGAAGACUUCAAGGCCUGAAGCUCAGUCUCUUGUUGCUACUGAACGUGUUACAAUUGGCGCAAGGACAGGUCCGAGGGCAAUUGGAGAGCGAGCUUCAAGAGAAGAGUGAAACGAUCCGCCGGCUCUGGGCGCAGCUAGAGAGCUUCGUUGCAAAGGCAAACAUUCAGGGCAGCGCGAGUGGCCUGGAGCCAACAACCCUCCUAACGCCCAGUCCGACGCCGAGCCUGCCCACUCUAUCCAUGGCUGCUUUACCUGCAACUUCCACCUUUCAGUCGAUUCAAUCAACGCCACACUUAGAAUCUGGCGUAUGCAGUGCUAACGUGCACACGCCGGGCGCACCUGAUGGUUCUACCACUAGUCCCAAGACUCGCGCACUCGAUGACGAGAACGACGAGCACCUCACCCUCGAUGAGCUUGCAAAGUGCGCAAAUCAUGUGCAUAGCUUGCUACAACAUAUCACCGAUCUGCAGAAUGGUCUGAAGACCGGCAGGGAUGUGGGCUCUCACCGUAAGCGUCGCCUGCACAAGACGUAUCAACGCUAUCGCCGCGAAUUCAUGUCAGACAUUCUCAGCCCAGAACUUCCUUAUUCAAUGCGUCUUGCAACUAAAUCUGGACCUUAUCAAUUGGAAAGUAACAGCAAAUCUCAGAGGAAGCCUACACAGACUCUAAAUCACCGUAUCGCACCUGCUUCGAAUGCCUUUCGACAAGGGACAUCAGAUCUGAUGUUAGUAGACAAUGUCCUUCAGGAUGAAGAUUGGAACGAUUCACUUACGCUGUUUUGUGAUGGUGGACUGCUUGUCGAUAGUCCUCCAACAGAGCUACAUUCAAGAGACAUUGAAGGAAGCUUCUCUAGUGAGAUCCACUCAAGCUUUCGAUACGCUACUCCAAUUCCCACAUCGCCGACCGAAAGAGACCGCAAGAAGCACCGUCCCAAAGAGGCGCGAUCCACGCAAGGCGAUUGGGAGCUUAUUCGGGAGAUGGAUCCGGACCGACCCGAUCUUGCUAUCGCCAUUGCUCAAGAAGCCCUCAACCCUGAUCCAGAGACCACCAAGUCUUCUGAUGAAGAGAUGGUGGAUCUCUUCGGUCCUUCAGAUUCGCCCGUACCAGCGCAUGCCAGAGAUAUGGUCGCCCCUUCGAUCAACGUGCGAUCAGACUCGUUAGCAGACGCAACCCGGGAUCCCAUUGCACUUGCUGAGGAAAGACGGGCAUCGCAUACCUUGCAUGCAACUUCCACCGGCUCAUGCCUGGAUAGCGUCAGGUUCAACACAAGUAUCAAUGCUUUUGUCUACGGCUCAGCACUGAACAACACAUCCUCUCACCCUUCAACAAACGGCAAUCAUCUCUCGGGAUCUUCAACUAUAGCACCGCACCUUCGUGGUUUUGGGCUCUCACCUCCAACAGGUUGGCAUGGCCAAAGGCUACCUCCGCUACAGACCCUUCAGCCACCUCCAGAAUUAGAAGCUUCACCAAGUCAGCGGCUGCUACCAGUUACACAAUUCGACGACAUUGUCCACCCUGCGACUACCGAGUCUCAGAACAGUAGUCAACCACAGAAGUCGCAGGAUUCGCCAGCAGAGAGCAAUGGUAAUGAGGCAGCCUCCAAGCAAGAUUCGAGGCGGAUCAAUUAUGCAUUGAAGCCAAAAAUUUCGCCGAGUAUCAAGCAUUUGUCCUUCCCUGGCGAGAAUGGUAUAUCAAACAACACUCAAGCUCUUCUCCAAGCCUCUAGAUCCCAGUAUCGGGACGAUGAUGGUAGUACAACUUCAGGGAUUUCAUAUCCUGUACCCCUUUCUACAAGCCUGACUUCAAAGCGCACGUCCUUCAAGUUGGCCGAACAAGGUCGGCGUAAUCGUAUUAAUACAGCUUUGCAAGACUUACAAGACCUGCUUCCUUCCAGCUCUGGGACGAUUGCAGAGUUCAAAUCUUCCAAAGCCACAAAAGUAGAGAGCGCAGUUGAGUACAUCAAGCAGUUGAAGGAAGAGUUGUUGGCGAAAGAUGAAUUGUUGCAGCGAAACGGUCUGACUUCAAAGCGCAAAUACGACACUAGCUCUUCUAGUUCACCUGAAACUGACUCCACGGACGGAGAUUGUCCCAGGAAGAAAGCAAAAGUGCGCCCUUACUCUAGGGAUGAAAAUGCGUCCGCGUGUCGACUCGAGCAGCACGAAGUCAAAGCAAGACCAGCACCUGAGGAGGCGAAAAAGACAGACGGUCCUGGGUUGGAAGACAAUGCAUGGCGAUCUGACGACAUGUUUGAAGCCGGCGGUUUGGAUUUGUUACUCCGGUAUGGGGAUCACGAAGCAAACAGGAACAAGGACAUCGUGGAGGUUUUGCUGAAGGAGUGGACCGUGCCUGUAGCUGGUGUAUAGCCCCAUUAACUUCUCAAGUACAGAGUCACCUCAUCCCAACUAUCUCUGCGCCGAUGCCUACAACUCAUCAAUUCGCUUCUUCGACCAUCUUCGUUCGCGAUGCUGCAUGUAAGUGUGUCACAUCUUCCUGAGCAGGUUGC